AAUAGAGUAUAUUGUGUGUUUAGUUUUGCGGUAAUAGUACAACUUGUACCAUUUAAAAGAGCAUUUAGUAAGUAAUUACGGGUACUAGAAAAUGCUUCUGAACUUAGUUAGAAAUGGUCUAGUAAACAACAGACUGACAAAUUUUACGUAUAGAAUGUCGUCACAACUGGUCAAAGUACAAACAAACCAAGGCAUCAUUGUUGGUCAGCAAAAAUCUUUGCCCAAUGGCAAUUUCUAUCAAAGUUUUCAAGGAAUACCCUACGCAGUUCCUCCACUAGGCGAAUUACGUUUUAAGUCUCCACUGCCCUUGGAACGCUUUGGAGUACCUGAACUGAAUUGCUUGAAAGAGCGUAAUGUUUCACAUCAACGUGAUCCAUUUACUGCAGAAGUCAUUGGUUCGGAAGAUUGUUUGUUUUUGAAUGUCUAUGUUCCGAAUAGUUCCAAAGACUCUUCUAAAUCGCUUCCAGUUAUGGUUUGGAUUCAUGGUGGCGGAUUUUGGUUUGGCAAUGGUAACAGCGAUUACCAUUUACCUUUGAGUCUAUUGCAAGAAGAUGUCAUUGUUGUUACGUUGAAUUAUCGCUUGGGCGCAUUGGGAUUUCUCUGUCUACCAGAAGAAGGUAUUUGGGGAAAUGCAGGACUUAAAGAUCAGCGCCUGGCUUUGCAAUGGGUCCAAGAUAAUAUUCAAACAUUCAAUGGCGAUCCUAACAAUGUUACUCUAUUUGGUGAAUCGGCCGGCGCAGCAGCAGUACACUUACAUGCAUUGUCUAAACAUGCCAACACACUUUUUCACAAGGCCAUUAUGCAGAGUGGCACUGCCAAUAUGGAAUGGGUUUUCCAAUCAAAUCCUGCCUAUAAAACACGUCGUCUAGCUGAACUACUGAACUUCAAAACAAGCGAUACCAGGGAGCUGUUGAAAUUUUUACAAUCGUCCAAAGUAACACCAUUAGAUAUUCUAGCAAAAACUUUACCAGUACUGACAUCAGAUGAACGUAGGCGUUGUUUGCCUUUGCCUUUUAAACCUGUUAUAGAAGACUGCCAAAGUCCUGAUAGUUUUAUUAGUCGGCCCGUAUUGGAGAGAUUACAACAACCAAACUCUAUUGUUGUACCUUCAAUAAUGGGUUACAAUUCGGCUGAAGGUUUAGCUAUGAUGGUCAAUGCUGUAAAGAAAGUGGAAGAGUUUGACAAAGAUUUCCAUAGGCUUGUGCCUAGGAAUAUUCCCCUUGAACCAGAAGAUAAUGAAAUUAAAGAGAUCGCCAGAAAAAUGAGAGAUUUUUAUUUAAAUGGAAAAUCUAUUAGACCGGAUCUAUUUAACAAUUUAACCAAUAUUCUAUCAGACUAUCAUUUCGUGGUGGAUAUGCAAAAUGCAGCCGAGUGGCAUGCGAAGUUUCAACCACAGGCUCCAUUAUACUUCUAUCGUUUUGAAUAUGUGGGUGAUCGUAAUAUGUUUAAACGUAUGUUUCAAAUGCAUAAGCUAGCAGGUGCUUGUCAUGGUGACGAACUUUUUUAUCUCUUCCAAAUGGCUGACGAUGAUAUGCCGGUAUCUGAUCGCGAUCAAAAACUGAUAAAACAAUUUUGCAAUUUGUGGGCUAACUUUGCCAAGUACGAAAACCCUACACCCCAAGACCAACCUCGCUUAAUAAAUUGCGAUUGGUUGCCUGUUAAGAGAACUCAGGAAGCUGAAUUUUCUUUGGAUUAUUUAGCAAUUGAUAACAGUGGAUGCCAAAUGAAAACAAAUCCUGACCAAGAGCGUAUGGAAUUCUGGCAAAAUAUUUAUAAAUUGUACACACCUACAGAUUUGUCACGUUUAAGUUCCAAGCUGUAAAUAUUACUCAUAUGCAUAAUAACAAAAUAAAAGACUUUUUGUUACAUUUAAUGAA